GAGUCAUUCAUUCCUAUGACACCGGUCAACGCUGUUACAACGGGUAAAGAUCAUCAAUCUCUAGAGAAGCUGAAGAUGAACCAAGUGAGGUCCUAUUCCAGGCGACUAAAACUCCCAGGAGCUGUGACAGAACAAGCAGAAGAGUACCAUAGACUGGCAGAGGUCAAAUGCUCUUCUUCUCUGAGAACUGAGCCCUCCCUCACACUGGUGUGCAUCGACUUGGCCUGUGUGAAGCUGGGAGAGCCAGUGAACAAAAAGCAGCUGCAGUGUUUAUCUGGCCAACAACCCAGGGGUUACCUGAGCACCUACCAGCUGGUAGAGAAGUUGCUCAAUGUCGCCGGACAGGUGGGGGUGAAGGAACUGGCGAUGAGGUUCGGCAACUUUGAGGGGGAGGCACUGGCAGAUGAGAUAUUGAAGAGAUAUAGAGAGCGUAUCGACGGAAAGUACACAGCUGCCCAGAAAGAAGCUCUGGACCUGACCAAACCUCUUUACCCUGCAGCUGCCCUCUACUGCGCCUGCAAGUUAUUGAAGAUUCACUGUAACAAGAGUAAGUAUCAAGGAGCUUCUCAAAGCACAAGAGCUAUGUUCCUGAAUGUGCUGGAGGAGAUCAACCAGUGUGCACCCAAAGAUAUUGAUGCUUUUAAACAAGGAAAGAAGAGCAAAGCCAUCACAAUUUCAAAAGUAAAAGACACAGAGACCACAAUUGACAUGCCAGUUGAUCAUAACUCCAAGCCAUCCGUCACGAAGCACAUCGGUAGGGAAUCAUUCCACAGUAGGAUUCAGAGUGACCCAACUGAUGACACUUACCUCAAGUGGAAAGAUGCCAUUUUAAGGGAGGCAAAGAAACAAUUGACUGAUCAGACAUUAAACUCGUAAUACAUUAUUUUUGUUGUGCUAAGAUUUUCAAUUACAUGGAUAUUGUUAUGGAAGAAAAAGGCGAUUGAUUGUUGUAUCA